UAAAAAUUUUGCCCAACUAAAGUACAUAGGUACUUCAAAAUUGAAAUUCUAACUUUCUUUUCAAAACAUAAAUUAAAAAUUGAUCCUCGCUAAGUAUCGAACCACAAACCUCUACUUUAUUGACUAAGCAACUAAAGGACAAUUAAACAAUUGAGCCACAUCACAUUUAUGACCAUUGUGCAUAAUUUCGCUUUCUUAUUAAGUGAAGGUUUAAAAUGAACGGUAAAUAUAUCAUAGGGGAUUGUUUCAGCUUUGUCGGGGAAUGAGAUAGUGGAAAAGGGGGGGAUUAAUGAAGAGUUAAAUUGGACGGAUUGUCUUUAGCACGCCACUACAAAAUCCUUCGGAGCAAAGACAUGUUGGUUCAAAUUGAAGAAUAAAUGAAGAAAGAUGAACUUAAGAACUCUAACUAAUUUUGAUUCCAUAUGUGGCGAAUCGCUAAUGGCCGGGACCACCAACAAGGCAAAAUCGUUAAUAAGAACCUACCUUGCACACACCAAAUCAUUUUAUCUCGUACCGAUAAAUGUGUAAAGAGACACACUACAAUAAUUAUGUCUAAAUUUCCUGACAAUAAGGCAUCAUCAGCAUUUAUAAGCAGAUGUAAAGAAAAUAUAAAAUCGAGAAAAAUAAAACAACACCUACCCUCGCCCUAACCAAUCAAUACCAUAUGCUCUAAACCAUCAACACCUUAUAACCUACCCAUAUACUAUAUACUCUAAACCAUCAACAACCUAAUACCCUAACCGGUCAGUACCCAUUACCUUAACCAUCAACACCUUAUACAAUAAUCGUAUACCUAUACGCUGAUAAAAUUUUACAUUUUGAAAAUACUUGCCCAACAAAAGUACAUAGGUACUUCAAAAGUGAAAUUCUAACUUUCGUUUCAAAACAUAAAUUUAAAAAAUGUCCUCACUAAGUAUCCAACCACAAGCCUCUAUAGUCUAGAAGAGGUUUGUUAUCUAUGAGUGCAAUGCAUAAAAAGGGGCAAACAGUGAGAGAGUGGAAUAAGGGCAAUUAAUAAAGAGUUAAAUUGGGUGGAUUGUUGUUUACCUCGUACCAUAAAUGUGUAAAGAGACACACUACCAUUUAUCAAAUCCCAAAAAAGAUGGAACACAUAAUUAUGUUUAAAUUCCGUGAACUCAAGGCAUGGUCAAGAUUUAGAAGCAGAAUCAUAUGUAAAUAAAAUAUAAAAUCAAAGAACCAAAAACUGUGAUAGACAAUUAUCAAAGGCCCAACCUAAUGACAAUCUGGAUCAUGUACAAGCCCACUUUUGAAUGUUAUUUAAAAGCCUGAAAAAAUCAAUGAUUAGACCCAGAGAUAAUACGGAUCCCAGUCCAACUAGAAUUAGUCCUAAACGUACCGUUAAUACAUAAACACAAGUUAAGCCGACCUCUCCAUCCGAUUCGAAUCAAAUUCUGUCUUCUUCAUCUUCUUCCUCAAUCCUCUGGGCGAGACGAUCCCUACAUCUCAGGAAACCUUAAUUUCACCGAGAGAUAGAAGUUUCGAGAAAAUGACAAUAACGCUAAGACAAGAUGACAAAGCACUGGCGACAUGAACCCUAGGGUUAGAAAAAUGAAAAGUUUGAUGAACACAAUAAUAGACAUGGUCGUCGUAAUUGUGUUAGAAAGAGAUAGGUGAGUAAAUUCCGGCUGAAAUAAAAUGGCGAAGAACAAAACGUCGAUUGUGGAUACAAGGAUUUGUGGUUCAAAACGAUGAUUAUGUGGGGAUUUCAGAAUGAAAGGGGAUCUUCUCUUAGAUUGUGGAUACAUAGAUUUGGGGUUCAAAACAUGAUGAUGUUGGGGAUUUGAGAUUGGAUAGAGAGCUAAAUCGAAUGUGGAUCAAAUCAUAAAAGGAUUGGGUUUCGAAAUGAUGAUUUUGUUGGAGAUUUCAUAUUCGACGGGCAGCUUAUGUUCGAACUUCGAACUAAGAGGGGAGUCCCCUCCAAGACUAAUGAGGGACUGGAAAUUGGUUAGGGCGGGGUGGGUCGUAUCCAUAGGGUUUAACCUCUUAAUCCAUAUAAUUAAACCGGAUACAGUUAAGUUGAAGUCGAAUGAAAAAGUUUUAACGCGUUGUGAUGCUUUUUGUAAUUUUCCUUGCCCCCGGUCUUCCGUACCCCGAAUUUGGGCACCCUAGAACUGCCGGAUAAUUUAAUGAUAUAGUAAAUGUGUAGAUAAUAUUUCAUUAUAACUUUGAGUGCAUUGAAAAUUUCAAAUUAGUUAAAAAUAUAAAAGCGAAUUUUACGAUAUGACUUAAGUGACUUACACUUUUUAUCUCUACUCGAUGAUAUCUCAUUUUUUGUUAACAAAUUACUUUCUCUCUGUAUAAAAGGCCGCAAGCAUUAAUGCAUAGAAAACAAUUUCAUCUGAAAUAUACACAAAAAGAAUUUAAGAGGCGAGUCACUGUAAGUGUCUUGAAACUACAUUGAAGCAAGCAUAAUAAGUGUCCAGUUUGUAGAUAUUAAUUCAUAUUUUAUAACUUUUUUUUGACAGGAAAUUAAAAAUGAAUAUUGGUUGUACCACCUCUAGUUCUGCCUUAAUAUUUGUCUUGCUAUGUUCUGUGUUAUUAUUAGAACUUAAUGUCAUUACAGCACAGAGGUUGUUUGGGAGAUCAAGAAAACAACUUUCUCGUUUGGAUAAGUCUGCUGUUGCCACUAUCCAGGUUACAUUGCUAAAUGAAUUUAUCCCAAUUAUUUAUUUUCUUGAUUAUAAUUGUAGUUAGUACCAUCAAACUGAUUUUUAAUGGUUUUACUGCGUCCCUUGUCAAAUAGACAAUCCAUGGAGACACAUAUAAUUGUGUGCAUUUCUACAAGCAACCGGCAUUUGAUCAUCCUUUAUUAAAGAAUCGUAAAUUUGAUUAUCAGGUAUAUGAUUAUUACAUGUUUUUCUUAUACCUUUUUAAUACAUUUAAUUAAACACACUAUUUGUAUCAAUAAUUAAUAAACGGUAUGUCUUUUUUGGUUGCAUUGUAGUUGAACUCUUCUUUACACGGUUUCGAAGCAAGAGCAACAGACUCAAGCUCAUUUGGUGGCGAACACUUAGACAUAUGGUUGAAUGGUAAAGGAUGUCCAAUUGGAACGGUGCCAAUUAGAAAAACUACAAAAAAUGAUUUACUUAGAGCAAAUUUAGCUGUUGCUGUUACGUCCAACCUCAAUCCGGGAGUUCAUGUAAGUAUUUAUUGUUUUAUCCCGUGUGUUAUAUAUCUUGGAAUUUCUGGCAUAUAAUCAGUAAACUGACAUUAUUUAUAAAAUAACAAGUAAAACUUGCAAAUACUCAUGUACAAACUCUUUGUUAAUCAUUGUAAAAAAAAAACUAUUUGUUAAUGCUUACAAAUUACAAUUAUGCAUCCGUUACACCUAGAAUCCAAGGUGCACCACCAAACUCUUUGUGAAAUGCCCAUUAAUGUUUACCAUUUCAUUAUUAUUUAAUUUCAUAUUAAUUUAUAUGAAAGUCAUGAUGAAUUUGGUUUUUAUUUGUUAUAUGCAAGCUAACCAUACUUUGAUAUAUUGGUCAUGGAACCAUAUAUUUUGUUACAUAGGUUGCAGUACUAAGGUCUACUGGGGACAAAAGGUACCAUGGAGCUUGAAUGUACACUAGUGUAUAUAAUCAUGAGGUUCAAGCCAAUCAAUACACUUCUAGCCGUUUCAAACUCCAAAAUGGCCCUGAUAGUAUUGCAGUUGGAUGGGUAGUUAAUCCGAGCUUGUAUCAAGAUUCGUACACUCGACUUUUCAUAUACACAAUGACGAAAGAUGUGCAUUGCUACAACACUUACUGCCCUGGAUUCGUGGUGACGAAUCAUGAAAUACCAUUGGAUGUUAUUCUUUCGCCUGUUUCCAGAAGAGGUGGACCGACAUAUGAACAAAAUUUUUUUAUUAGCAAGGAUCAUUACACUGGAGAUUGGGUUCUCAGGUAUGGAAUUGACAAUAAGGUUUUGGGAUUUUGGCCGAGAGACAUUCACGGGGUUAGCAGGAUUUGCUAACUAUGCGGAAUGGGGAGGAGAAGUUUACAGUCCUCCAGGUUCCGUCAUUCCAAGGAUGGGAUCUGGUUGUCGGCCUUAUGGAGACGCAAAGCUUGAUGGUUAUGCUAGAACUAUCAUGGUUGUGGAUGAAAAUGAGAAUGAUGAUUAUAAUCCCGCAGAUUGUAAAAUCUAUCAAAGUGAUAGAGUACACUAUUGGGCGAUUGAUAAAGGAGAUGUUGGGGGUACUUGGCGACGCCUUAUUGAGUUUGGUGGGAAUAGCUUGCUUUACAAUCCGAAUCUUCCCUAUGCUUGUUGAGAGUCAAUACCCAAUAAUAACAUUUUUGUUUAGGUAAAAAAAUAUUUAUUAAAAAGCUUGUUUAUUUUGAAGUUUACCAUUAAUUUAAGAGCUUUCGAAUUUCCAUUUUCUUCGCAUAUUCGAGAUACCAAGCCACUCCACCACUCCAAAAUUUCAAAUCUUGUUACUUUCACACUCUCAUAUAAUGGUAGGGAAUUUACUAAACCGAUCAGUAUCUAAUCAAUCUAAAAAUGACAAAAGUGAUCACAGCUUCCAAAGAUGAGUCAAUUUACUUAGGAUCGGUAAAAUGAUUUGGUAAGCCAAAAAUUAUCAAGUUACUUGGCUUAAUGUGGCUCUAUGAUAGCUCUCAAUUAAACGGAUUAGCUCUCAAUUAAACGACUUACUCUUGUACGUGGUGGUAAUAAAUUAAUUGGUCCUGCUGAGAGUUAACUCCUCGACCCAGUUGUGACUUGUUGGUUUAGGUUUGAGGUCUUGUAUCUAACUAAUGAAUCAAACCAUAUAUUAAUUCCAGGUUGAACCUUAAUCCAAAAGUCGAGAUGUUACAGUCCAAUCCAUUAGCAAUGUAGAUGAGCAGUCGGCCAUGCAAAACCAGAAUCUCUAUCGAUUUUCCUUUGGCUAUGACCCACACAAAAACUUAGGGGGUCGUUUGAAUCGGUUUGGAUGCAUGACUGAUCAUAAUUUCUUUUAAACGACUGCACUUGGGGAGAAAUAGGCAAAAGUGAUUUUUGGGUUCACAUCCGGACCAAACAAGAUCCAUCCAAUCGGGUGUCGAUUAAAAUUGGGUUCAAUCUAAUUCAGUUUCUUAUUCGGUUAAUUGGGUCAAUCCAGUCCAAUUUGACCAGUUCAUACUGUUUUCUAACCUUACUGCUGCUUGGAGUUCAUAAACUCCCACAACCCCACUUCUCAAGCUGAUACUUUGCUUUUUUUUUUUUGUGCCAUGAUUAUCCCGAGAGGGAAGCAGUCCGACGAUGAAUUAUUUAGACCAAAAUCAUUCGUUAGAAACUCACUCAUCAUUAGAAGAUUCAACUCUACUCUUUUACACGUUUGAAAAUAUAAAUUUAUCACGGAUCAUUUUGCUUUCUAGAACAUUUAUUUACUAUACAUCAAAGAUCAAAAUGCUUCAAUUAAUCAGCCGGCAACAACACACAUAUAACAGUAAACCCUUCACCAAGAAAACAUCCAACAUUGUCAUUAUAUGCGGUAGGUAUAUGUGUUGGGAUUUUUUUAAUGGUGUGAAUGGAAUUGAAAGGAGAAUGAGUAAAGAGAAAUUCUGGAAAUACUAUUUUGGUUAUAUAUGGGAAGGAGGCUUUGGAUUAGGUCAAUUGAUUUGAUUAAAUUGUUUGGUAAUUGGCCAAAUUGGUUUGUGUAACCAACCGGACCAAAUUGAUUUGAACCGAACCGAUGUGGCGGUUGGAGUGAACCAACCAGUCCAACUAUCAUGGGCGAACCCAUGCAAUGGUUCAUAAUUUUGAAAUGAACCAAUGUGUUGGUU